AUGGUAAAGAACCCCAAAGGAAACUUUAGUGUGCACUGGGUUUCCAAGUACAAAGAAUUCUUUGAUAUCAUGGACCGUGAUGGAAAUGGCAAGGUGAAUGAAGAUGAAUUCGUCGAUUCAACAACAGAGCGAGCUCAGCAAGUUCUCCCAUCUUGGAGAGCCAUGGCGGUGAAUGGUAUAUUGUACAAUGCCUUUCACCUGUGGUGGUUAAAUGAAAACACCAUCUAUCCAAAAUCCUUCACGUUUCAAGAAAUGCUUGGGUCUGAAGAAGCGGAAAUCCCUAUUACAAGAGAAAAGAUCGACAUAAACGCAAAAGAUUGGCUUAACGUGCUUGAUCUCGACUGCGAUGGCAAAUUGAUGGUAGAUGAGUAUGCCAACUUCCUUACUAUUUUCCGUAACACUGCUAAGGUUCAAGAUAUAUUUGAUGUCAUUGAUUGGAAUGAGGAUGGUGUGAUUGAUACCAACGAGUUCAUAGACGCUUUCGUGGGCUACUGGGCUGAUCAAGAGGCCAGCUCCUCUGAUGUCCUUUUUGGUACUCGUUAUUAA